CGCGCCCCCAGGGCCGCCGCCCAUUGGCCGCCGCCGCGCGCCGCGUCCUGACGCACGCCGCACGCACUGCGUCGAGAGCGCGCACGUAGGCGUCGCGCGCCCGCGCUGUAGGUGCUGUGGUUCGGGAGACUGUGGUGUUGCCGGAAGGCGUCGUCCCCGUGCCCGCCAUGUCGUACAUGCUCCCGCACCUGCACAACGGCUGGCAGGUGGACCAGGCCAUCCUGUCGGAGGAGGACCGCGUGGUCGUCAUUCGCUUCGGACACGACUGGGACCCCACGUGUAUGAAGAUGGACGAGGUGCUGUACAGCAUCGCGGAGAAGGUUAAAAAUUUUGCGGUUAUUUAUCUUGUGGACAUCACAGAAGUGCCCGACUUCAACAAGAUGUACGAGCUGUACGACCCGUGCACGGUCAUGUUUUUCUUCAGGAACAAGCACAUCAUGAUUGACUUGGGCACCGGCAACAACAACAAGAUCAACUGGGCCAUGGAGGACAAGCAGGAGAUGGUAGACAUCACCGAGACCGUGUACCGCGGUGCCCGCAAGGGCCGCGGCCUGGUUGUGUCUCCCAAGGACUACUCCACCAAGUACCGGUACUGAGCCUCGGCGAAGCCAUGGGGCCGUCCCCGCGCGGGGAUGGUGCAGAGCGCCUCAGGCCUUGGGAAACAGCCGCGCCCGAGGCCUGGAGCUCUUUGCAGCGCCCAGCCGGCCGUCCUGCUCCGCGUGCUUAGCCGUCUGCGGAAGGCGCUGUUGUGUCCAGCUGUGGAGGCAGGAAGCCCACGGGGCAGCCUGGGCUCUGUCUGAGGCCGUGGCACAGGGUCUUCUGCCUGGCUCCUGGUGCCUCCUCCUGCGCGCCUCCGUAAGGACACAGCCACGAUGGACGGCGGCCCACCUGCCCCAGCUGCCCCAGCACGAGCUCCCGCCACUGACUGCGUCUGGGCUGACCUGUUGCUGGGUGGGGCUGCAGUGUGCGGUCCUGAGGCUCGUCCAGAAUGCUGCUCUCCCCACAGGGGCUGGCAGCGCUGUCGUCACGGCCUCAGGCACACUGUGUCCUGUCCGCAUGGUGAAGUCCCUUUCAGGGCAGGCCUUCGGCCCAGCGGGCUAAGGCAGCACCCGCAGCACUCGAGCCCUGGCUACGCUGCAUCUGGUCAGCUUCCUGCUAGUGCCCUUGGGAAGGCAGUGGAUGGCUCAGGUGUUGGGGCCCCUGCCACCAUGUGGAGGCUCAGACGGAGUCCCUGGUUCCUGGCGUCAAUCUGGCGCUGCCCCAGCUGGUGUGGGCAUUUGAGGAGUGAACCAGCGGACAGGAGAUCCCCAUUUCUAUCCCUCCCUCCCUCUCUGCCUUUCACAUAAAUAAAUAAAUAAAUCUUAAAAAAAAAUGGAAAA